AUGCCAGGCAUAUCUAGAUGUCUUGAAGAAACACAUUCAUUAGCUGAAUUCAGUACAUCCUAUAAAGUAGUACUCAACACUAGUAACAUGAAAGACUUUGAAGUUUCUGGAGUCAUGGCUAAAGCCGACAUCAAACCAAAAUCUGUACAUUGUGCCAAAAAAUGGUCAGAUGAUGUAGAGAACUUAUACAGAUUUCAGCAAGCUGGAUACAGAGAUGAGAUUGAAUAUAAACAAAUAAAACAAGUUGAUGUGGUAGAGCGUUGGCCAGAAACUGGAUUUGUUAAGAAACUUCAGAGAAGGGACAACACCUUCUAUUAUUACAAUAAGCAAAGAGAAUGCGACGACAAAGAAGUCCAUAAAGUGAAAGUGUAUGUGUAUUAA